AUGCUCUCUGACUUCUUCCGUCCCAAACCUGAAGAUUCCUUCCUUCCCAAACCUGAAGAUUCCUUCCUUCCCAAACCUGAAGAUUUCUUCCUUCCCAAACCUGAAGCUCCUUCCUUCCUUCCCAAACCUGAAGAUUUAUUCCUUCCCAAACCUGAAGAUUUCUUCCUUCCCAAACCUGAAGAUUCCUUCCUUCCCAAACCUGAAGAUUUCUUCCUUCCCAAGCCUGAAGAUUCCUUCCUUCCCAAGCCUGAAGAUUCCUUCCUUCCCAAACCUGAAGCUCCUUCCUUCCUUCCCAAACCUGAAGAUUUCUUCCUUCCCAAUCCUGAAGAUUCCUUCCUUCCCAAACCUGAAGAUUCCUUCCUUCCCAAACCUGAAGAUUCCUUCCUUCCCAAACUUGAAGAUUUCUUCCUUCCCAAACCUGAAGCUCCUUCCUUCCUUCCCAAACCUGAAUAUUUCUUCCUUCCCAAACCUGAAGAUUCCUUCCUUCCCAAACCUGAAGAUUCCUUCCUUCCCAAACCUGAAGAUUUCUUCCUUCCCAAGCCUGAAGAUUCCUUCCUUCCCAAGCCUGAAGAUUUCUUCCUUCCCAAACCUGAAGCACCUUCCUUCCUUCCCAAACCUGAAUAUUUCUUCCUUCCCAAACCUGAAGAUUCCUUCCUUCCCAAACCUGAAGAUUCCUUCCUUCCCAAACCUGAAGAUUUCUUCCUUCCCAAGCCUGAAGAUUCCUUCCUUCCCAAGCCUGAAGAUUCCUUCCUUCCCAAACCUGAAGCACCUUCUCUCCCAAACCUGAAGCACCUUCCUUCCCAAACCUGA